AUGUCACCUCCCAACAUUCCACCAUUGUGGAAAGAGUCAGUUCUUUCUCCAGUCUAUGAACAAAUUCGUCAACGCCUGAAGCCCUUCUUUCCGUACGUUGAAGGCAGCGGUCAUACAUGUCCUUGUUGUUCCCGAUGUUCUACCAUCAAAAGAGACAAACAGAAAAAGGUGAUCGAUCAUUUUCUAACAGUUCAUAUGAGUGUGAAUGGUAAUUGUAAGAAGUUUUCUUCCAUCCUGUUUGAUCUCAUCCAAUGUUGCGACGAGAAAGAUCCCAAGAAAAUGGCUGAGAAAUUUUCAGAUAUUUGCUCGCUCAUAAUCAGCGAAAGAGACAAUGCCACUACAUCAAUCAUUCAAAAGCAGACGGAUUCAAUAUUGUUGAAUACUUUCCAGCUCGAGUCGUCAGAUAAUAAUCAUCACGAGCAAGCCGUAGCUGGAAUACUCGAAUUAAAUGCAACAACACAAAAUCAUCAUCACCAUUCAACUCCAUCAUCAUCACCACUCCAAAUCAAUAAUGCCAAUUCAGAACAAUUAUUGAAUCACAUCUUGCAACAGGAGCAUCUCGCUUCCAUUCAAGAAUGA